AAACAAAUGAAGGUGGCAGUGAAAGUAAUUGACAAGAAAAGGGCCAAGAAGGACACCUAUGUCACCAAGAAUCUGCGACGGGAAGGGCAGAUCCAGCAAAUGAUCCGCCACCCGAAUAUUGCUCAGCUGCUGGAUAUACUGGAGACGGAAAACAGCUACUACCUUGUCAUGGAGCUGUGUCCUGGUGGCAACUUGAUGCACAAGAUCUACGAGAAAAAGAGACUCGAGGAGCACGAAGCACGCAAAUAUAUCCGGCAGCUUAUCCUGGCAGUUGAACAUCUUCACCGGGCAGGAGUAGUUCACAGAGACUUGAAGAUAGAAAAUCUGUUGCUAGAUGAAGACAACAAUAUCAAGCUUAUUGACUUUGGAUUGAGCAACUGUGCAGGCAUCUUGGGUUAUUCUGAUCCAUUCAGCACCCAGUGUGGGAGCCCAGCAUAUGCAGCCCCUGAACUUCUGGCAAGGAAAAAAUACGGGCCCAAAAUAGACGUUUGGUCCAUUGGGGUGAACAUGUACGCGAUGUUGACUGGAACAUUACCUUUUACCGUGGAGCCAUUCAGCUUGAGAGCUUUAUACCAGAAAAUGGUGGACAAAGAAAUGAAUCCUUUUCCCACCCAACUCUCUACAGCGGCCAUAAACUUUCUACGAUCUCUACUAGAGCCAGAUCCUGCAAAGAGACCAAACAUCCAGCAGGCGCUUGCAAAUCGGUGGCUUAAUGAGAAUUACCCUGGGAGAGCACCACCUAAUGUCACAUAUCCAAACAGAAUUCACCUGGAGGAUCUCAGCCAGAGUGUGCUGCACCAUAUGACCGAAAAGCUCGGAUACAAGAACAGCGAUGUCAUCAACACUGUGCUCUCAAACAGGGCAAGUCACACGCUUGCCAUCUACUUUCUACUUAAUAAGAAGCUGGAGCGCUACUUGGCAAGCCUUAGAAAGUCUGAAGGCCAGGACAAUAUUUGCCACAAGAACCAACUAUACCAGAUAGAAAAAUACAAGGCAAAUAAAGACUCCUAUGAGAUACAGAACACCAAGGCUCUGCUGAAGGACCGGAAAGUCACCAAGGCUGGAGGGCCGGAGAAAGACUCCAGCGGUGGGGUAAGUCCUUUCCACGAACCCCUGGCAACCAAGACAGGCUGCGUCACUUCCAGCUCCCUGGAGUACCUCGAAGUCCAGCAGCCACCUCCCAGAACCCCUCGGCUCCUCAAGAGGCAGGAGUCUCCACAGCAGGAGCCGUCCCGGAUCGGGGGCCGGGCAAAAGACUCUCCUCUCAUCCUGAAUAUUGUGCACUCCUUCGAGUCGGUUGACAGAGAGGACCAAAUAGACCAGGUUUCCCCUUCUCAUCAGUACAGGAUUUUAGGCUCGCCAAUGAAUUUCCCUUACAAAAGCUCCAGUGAAAGGACACUGUCCCCGCUUUUUCAGCCAGGCAGUACGUCCCCUGUCCACCCCACCCAAGUCUCUUUCACAUAUGAAGAAAAAGCAUAUCCGGCGAAGGAAGAAGCAGUGUCCCCUACACAGCUGGGUUCCAACAACCCCUUGGGCAGCCCUAACUGUGUUAAAAGCAGAGGCAGGUUCCCCAUGAUGGGGAUCGGACAGAUGCUGCGGAAGAGGAACCAGACGAUGCAGUCGGCGAGCGACAAGCCGCUGGAGGCGAGGAUGCCUCAGCUGCAGCAGAUGAGCCCCACGCAGAUUUCCUUCAAUGCGGCAGAUCCUGUCAGCGGCCAGUGUUAG